AUGGCAAGCAAAGCGGCGGUGGGCGUGGCCACAAUUCUGUUUUGUAUAUCGGUGUUUGAAUUCGAAGCCAACGCACAGUUUCCAGGGCUAGGUCCUCCACAAGUUCCCCCGGGUCAGGGUCCGCCGCAGGUUCCUCCCGGUCAGGGGCCGCCCCUAGUUCCCCCCGGUCAGUUACCAGGGCCAGGUGCCCCGCAAGUGCCCGGACAAGCGCCCUGCCUAAAGGAUAUCACCAAGUACGGCGCGGCUCCCGGCGUUGACAUUGCUCAGGCCUUAACAGCGAUUUGGAAAGAGGCGAUUGCAUCGCCGGUGCCGGUUCAGAUAUUGAUUCCACCAGGGAAUUGGUGUUUAAGCCAAGUGAAGCUGUGCGGGCCUAGCCUGGCCCCUAUCGAUCUUGUGGUUCAAGGCACCGUUCAAGCAUCACCGGAUCCGCAAGCAUUGCCCGACAAAGAAUGCGAAUGGAUAACCAUUAACUACAUCAGCAACUUAACCAUCUACGGAGGAGGAGUUUUCGACGGCAUGGGCGAGAUGGCAUGGAAGCAAAAUGAUUGCAACAAGAACCAGAAAUGUGCCAAACUCCCCAUGAACUUGAGCUUCAACUUCAUCAACCACACGGUUAUCCGAGACGUGACCACAAAAGACAGCAAGAACUUCCACGUGAACUGUAUCUCGAGCCACAACGUGACCUUCCAACGAUUCAUGGUGAGCGCGCCGGGGGAGAGCCCAAACACCGAUGGAAUUCACAUCGGGCGUUCCUCACAGAUCACGGUGAUCGACUCCAUCAUACAAACUGGGGACGAUUGUGUUUCCAUCGGUGACGAGACCUGUGAAAUCCGCGUCCAGAAUGUAACCUGCGGUCCGGGCCACGGCGUCAGCAUUGGAAGCAUGGGCAAGUUUGCGAACGAAAAGGAUGUGAAUGGAAUAUAUGUGCAGAACGUGACGUUCAAAGGGACACAGAAUGGCGUUAGAAUUAAGACAUGGCCUAACGGGCCGGCCACCUUGUGCAUAAACAAUAUUCAUUUCGAGGACAUAAUCGUCGACAAUGUCAGCAAUCCCAUCAUCAUUGAUCAGGAGUACUGCCCCUGGAAUCAAUGCGACAGAACGCAAGCCUCCUCCAUCAAGAUCUCGGGUGUGAGCGUGAAGAACGUCAGGGGGACUGCCAACAGUUGCGAGGCCGUAGUUCUUUCUUGCAGCAGCGCCAAGCCCUGCGAGGCCAUCGAGAUUGGCGACGUGGAUAUUACCUACGUUGGGGAUCCGGUGUAUGGCCCCAUCAAAACUAAGUGCUCCAACGUACAGCCCACAUUCGUCGGCAGGCAGAAUCCGCCCGUCUGUGCUCCCGCACCUCCUGGCCUUCCCGCGCCUGCCGCCUGA